GUAUAUACUAUACUAAACAAACAGAAACAUAAUGAAAUGAACCAGACAACACAGAAAGAAACAGACGCAGUGAGAGAGAGAUAGAUAGUCAAAUACAAAGAAAGCAAAGUCUCAAACUUUGAGGGUCCUUUGCGCCCGUGCUGUGUUUGUCAGAUCUGUAUAGCUGCUUCAUCUCAUAAAUACCAACUUCAUCAAAUGCAUUCUUUUUCAUUUUCAUUUUCAAUGAUUAUCAGUCUUCAUUGCCAUCUAUAUAUAUGUAUGUAUGUAGAGGCUUGAGAAGGAGAAGCCAUGUUUUUAUGGAGUUUGAAUAUCAAUGGGGAUGUGAGAUUUGCGGGGUUUCUGAGUUUCUAAUGUGAAUCGAUCAAUGGGACUUCUUAGUAUGGUCUCUGUUGGCUUGGCGAGAAUUCUAUACUGAAAAGAGACCAUUUUGUAUUUACUUGUCUGGGUUUUUUUUUUGGCUUUUUUUUACUCUUUUUGAGUCUCUAGUAUUUAAAAAUAGAAAGAAGAAAACGACAAUGGCGGAAACGCGGGUCUCUGAUCCGAGCAAGCUCCACUUGAAGAAGGAGCUCACUCAGAUUCGGAAGGCUGCUCGGGUUCUUCGUGAUCCCGGCACCACUUCUUCGUGGAGGUCUCCUCUCGCCUCCUCUAGAUCUGCGGCGGCUUUUACUUCUGUUGCUAGGAGGGAAAGCUCUGAAAAUGGUGGGGGCAAAGGGUUUUAUGGGGCUUCCGUACUUGAUCCUCUGAGUCAGAAUGGCUCCGGGAAUGGUAAAGACAAAAGGGUCUUUUUGUAUAACUGGAAGAAUCCCAAGUCUUCCAGUGAGAAGAGUGGCGCCGCCAAAAUCGACGACGUCUACGACGAUGAUGACGACGACGAUGAUGAGGGGCUUGCAGAGUCGUCUUCAUUUGCUGGGGGCAGUCUUGAUGAUAGCUUGAGCGAUGCGCGUAAUGGCAGGGAUGUAGAUGCCAAGAGCGACACCUACUUGGGCGACAGACGCUCCUCUAUGCUGUUCAGACGUAGAGAUGCGAAUCUCGCGUCGCUGGGGUCCCCAUCCAUCAAAAGAACGGCCGGAAUCAAGAAAAGAAGUAAGAAAAUCGAUACCCAUUUGGAUGUUUUGUCGAAAUAUCGACAUAAGGAAAUGAUACUUGCUAGAAACUCAGUGAAUUCGAGAAGGUUGCUCGACAGUCAUCCCCAAAUCGCUUUGGGAUUGGGCCGUGAUGACUCUGUUGAGCAAUCUGAUGACACUGAGGAUUACUGUAAUUCUGAAGAUAUUAGGCAAAUUUCGGGGGCUUCCCCAUUGCUUUCAAAACUUAAGAACAAGAAUUGGUCUCACUCGUCCUCUAAGUUCUUAAGAAGUAGUAGAAGAGAGGACUCGUCUUACACUUAUAGCACUCCUGCAUUGUCAACUAGUUCUUACAAUAGGUAUGUUAAUCGCAAUCCGAGUACUGUUGGAUCUUGGGAUGGCACUACAACUUCCAUGAAUGAUGGGGAUGAUGAGGUGGAUGACCAUUUGGAUCUGCCUGGUCGCCAGGGAUGUGGCAUUCCUUGUUACUGGUCAAAGAGGACACCGAAACAUAGAAGCAUGUGUCGUGGUUGUUACUCUCCUUCGUUUUCUGAUACUUUGAGGAGGAAAGGCAGUAGCAUACUGUGUGGAAGUCAGACUAUCUAUCCUAGGCGUCGUCGAGCAACAGUGAGCGCCAACAAACGAAGGAUCGCUUUGAGAAGUUCCCAAGGUGUACUCCCAUUGCUUGCUAGCAGUGGUGAUGGCAGGGGAGGGUCAUCACUAGGAACUGGAAGGAGUGAUGAUGAGCUGUCCACAAAUUUUGGGGAGCUUGAUUUGGAGGGUCUGAGCAGAUUGGACGGACGAAGGUGGUCAUCUAGCUGUAGAAGUCAGGAAGGAUUAGAGAUUGUUGCUCUUAAUGGGGAAGGAGAAGAGGAAGGGACACCAGAAAGUAAUAAAAGUUUUAGCCAGAAGCACAAGCCAAUGUUCUUUGGUGAGUUGAUUGGGCAGGGUAUUGUGGUUCAGUCACUCACAAAUGCAAUUUCAAAAGGACGUAUUGCCCCUGUUUAUCUUUUCCAGGGUCCCCGGGGCACUGGAAAGACAUCAGCAGCUAGGAUUUUUUCGACUGCCUUGAACUGCUUGGCUCCCGGCGAAUCAAAGCCAUGUGGGUACUGCAGAGAAUGCGCUGAUUUCAUCUCCGGUAAGAGCAAUGAUCUGUUGGAAGUUGACGGGACGAAUAAGAAGGGAAUUGAUAGGAUUAGACAUGUAUUAAACCAUUUGUCAGCGGGUCCUUCAUCAGCCUCCUCACGGUUCAAAGUUAUUGUGAUUGAUGAGUGUCAUUUAUUACCCUCCAAAAUGUGGCUGGCAUUGCUUAAAUUUCUCGAAGAACCACCUCAACGUGUUGUGUUCAUAUUCAUAACAACUGAUCUUGACAAUGUUCCCCGCACCAUACAGUCUCGUUGCCAGAGGUAUCUCUUCAACAAAAUUAAAGAUACUGACAUCCUGGCAAGGUUGAAGAAUAUUUCUGCUGAAGAAAACCUGGAUAUUGAACCGGAAGCACUGGAUUUAAUUGCUUUGAAUGCAGAUGGUUCGCUUAGAGAUGCUGAAACAAUGUUGGAACAAUUGAGUUUACUGGGGAAAAGAAUUUCCAAAUCUCUGGUGAAUGAACUUGUGGGAGUUGUUUCUGAUGAGAAGUUGUUGGAACUUUUGGAGUUAGCAAUGUCAUCAGACACUGCGGAAACUGUGAAAAGAGCCCGACAGUUGAUGGACUCUGGUGUUGAUCCAAUGGUUUUGAUGUCUCAACUGGCCAGCCUAAUAAUGGAUAUAAUUGCUGGAACUUACAACGUGAUUGAUAGCAAAGGCAAUUCUUUGUUUGGUGGACGGAAUUAUGUGGUUGGUGGCCAUUCUUUAGUGACUGAAGCAGAACUGGAGAGAUUAAAGCAUGCUUUGAAGCUUCUAUCUGACGCUGAGAAACAGCUCAGGAUAUCAAGUGAACGUUCAACGUGGUUCACUGCUACUCUAUUACAACUUGGUUCAGUGCCUUCUCCUGACCCUAAUCAUUCAGGUAGCAGUAGGAGACAGAGCUAUAAGACAACCGAUGAUGAUCCAUCAAGUGCUUCAAGAGAAGCUAAUGUAUACAGACACAAGUCAGAUGCUCAAUAUCUGCCUCAUAAAUCAACUUCUCCAGUUGGACAUAAAAAAGCAAAUGCCUCAUGUGAUGACGUCACAGUUGGAAAUAUGAUCAUAAGAUGCAUAAACUCAGAAAAAUUGGAUAGUGUCUGGGCCCGGUGUAUUGAGAGAUGUCAUUCAAAGACACUGAGACAACUGCUGCAUGGUCACGGAAGGCUUGUUUCUAUUUCUGAACUUGAAGGUGUUCUGGUUGCUUAUGUUGCAUUUGCUGAUGAAAACAUUAAAGUUAGAGCUGAAAGGUUUUUGAGCAGUAUAACAAAUUCAAUAGAAAUGGUUCUGAGAUGCAACAUAGAAGUUAGAAUUAUCCACUUACAAGGUGUAGAGGUUGCUUUAAAUGCUGCAAGUCCGAUGGUAAGCAACAGGGAAAGGAAGGAAGCUGAUGGUAAUGGAGCCUACCAUUCUACGUCUGGGUCUUCAGAAUUACUGGCCGAAGGUGAUGCACAAACAAGUGAGCCAAGACAGGAGAUUCCAAUGCAAAGAAUAGAGUCAAUUAUCCGUGAUCAAAGAUUAGAAACUGCCUGGCUACAGGCUGCAGAGAAAGGCACCCCUGGAUCAUUGAGUCGUCUGAAACCUGAGAAGAAUCAGGUUCUGCCUCAGGAAGGGAGCGAAGAUCAAACAGAGUUUACUAAUUCAAUUGGAUUGUCCUCCCGUCAAUGGGAGGAUGAGCUAAACCAUGAACUCAAAGCUUUGAAGGUUAACAAUGGAAAGGUCCUUCAAAAAGAGCAGACAUGUAGAAGGGUGGAUCGUUGCCCUAUGUCCCCAAGUUUAUUGCAUGAUACGAGCAUCUUGGGCAAUUCUAUGAAAGAGAACCUGGGUUAUGAAUCAGGGUCUGGAACAAGAGGGUGCAGCAGAUUUUUCUGUUGGAAUAAUCGAAAACCCCAAAGUAAGGGAAAGGUAAGAGGAGCCCCCGUUCGGCCACCCCACAAGAGCGGAGGAGGAUUUUCAUUGUUUGGUGAGUGUGGAAAGCCAAAGAAAAUAGAGAGCAGAUUCAAAAGAUAAAGAGAGGAGAUACCAAUUUGGAAGGCCUUGGGGGAUACAGUUUAUUUCUUAUUUUCUUUUAUUGCAUAUUCUUCUGUAUUUAGUUUACAUUUGAGCCAUUUUUCAGGGGAUUUGGGUGAGAGGAAAAUUGUAAAUUGGGUGGUGAGUAGGGCUGCACUGCAAUCAUUGUCUUCAGCUCCUUCCAUUUUUCAUGGGAUAAAUAAAAAGGAAAAGGUAGUGUUUGUUAGACCUGAUUCUAAUUAGAUUAUUAUUAUGGAUUAACCAGUA